AUGCCAUCUGCAGACCAUAAAUCCUCUAAAACCUCCAAUGGUAAAAGAGGGUCCUUAACAGGAGAGAAGAGCAGGAAAACCUCUCCAAAAAAGAAGAGGAAGUCCAGUAAGAAGUCAACUUCAAAGAGUGAAUCUUGUCAGAAUAAAGAAGAUAUCUUAGAAGUUGAGGGGCUUUCAUUUCCGAAAGAAGGAGAUGAUUCUGAUUCUUCAACUAAUAAAACACCAUUGUUGCCAAAACUCUCAUCAUCAGAUGUAACAGUCAACUCUGAAAGCACAGGUCGAGUGAUAUCUUCAAACAGUAUUGGAACCAAUUCUCCAGGAACUAGGCAAAUAGAUCCUUCACAGUCACAAACAAAAUCAGACAGUUCAUCGACUACCCUUGAAAAUCUUAGUUCGAAAUUAUCAAAUAUUAGUUUGAAGUCAAAAUCUUCAAAAUCAAAGACAAAAUCUGGAAGUUCUAAGAAAGAAAACAGUGCUAAAAAUCCCAAUAGAAAAACCUCUGAUGUGAAUUCAUCAAAAUCGAUUGUGAUGCCAAAUAUCGUAGAGACACCUUCUCAUCCAGCACCUGUGAUUAAUGAAAGCAUUCGAUGGGAAAAUGAACUGGAUACUCUUGAUUCAGAAAGGGAGAGAAUUCAUAUUUACAAAAUAAAUCGAAGGAAGCGCUACUUAGCUGCUGCUCAAGAUAAAGGAUUAGGUUGGGUCAAACAGUAUGGAGUGAACGGGUUUCCUAUCAAUGAUGAGUGUGGCUUAUUAGAUUCUUCGAGACGAGAAUUGGCUGUUAUUCCAGACUACACUUCUGCUCAGGUUGUAAGAAAUAGUCAAAGUCAUGGUAUAGUUAAUGGUGAGGGAAAAGCUGUAUCAUGUGGCUAUUAG